AAAUGAGAAUGAAAUUUUGCAUUUUUUUUUAUGGAAUUUGGGUUUUUGAUUGAGGAAUUAUGAAUGUCAUUCUGUUGCUUUUUGUUGAUAAUUUUUCAGAGAAUUCAAACUUAUUGAGUUGCUUUUGGUGGUUUCCUGCAGAUAUUGGCUGUUUGAGCAGAAUGAGUAACCGAGGAAGAGUUAGAUGGGAUGAGGCUAAUCUGGGAGAAAUUGAAGCUAAUAAACCUGAAAGGCAGAAAAUUACUGAGCCGAAGACGCCGUAUCACCCCAUGCAAACUGAUGAUGAAGAUGAUGAGGGAUCUAUGUCUCCUAUACGGGGGAGUCGGUUUGAUGAAUGUGUCGGUGACGCAAUGCAUGCAGAAGCGAUAAGAACUGCUUUGACUGAUGUGGCAUCAUCAAGUAAAAAGAAGACAACAAGAGUUACUGGCUGGACAUCAUCUGAGGAUGAGGGAGAUGCUAUGGAUCAAGAUGAUGAAGAUUCAGACAAAAGUAGCAGGAAUUUCAGGGAGCUCAGAAGAGCUCACUAUGAUGAAUUUCAGAAAGUAAAAGAACUCAGACGGAAAGGUUCCCUUCCUCUUGAAGAAGAAGAAGAAGACGAUGAGGAUGUUGAGAUGAACAAAGUAAAGAGCUCUGAUACCCCUUUGUCUCCAGGUGAAGCCAAACCUAAUGGAGCUUAGAUGAAGCCAAGCUAAGACUGUUUUUAAGCAAGCCAAGCUAAAACUAUGGUUGAUAUAUCUCUGACAUUUGAUUACAGUUUUUGGGAUGACUAUAGAGAAUGCUCUAAUGACUGCAGUGACUGCUAUAUGUAUUCUUCAUGAAUAUGCUUUUUGUUUGUAAAUAGUUUCACUUUAUUUCUGUCUCCAUAACAAUGUUGCUUAAAAAUCUUGAUGCAAAAGACCAUUUUUAAUAGUUUGUUAUGAUCUUUUUCACUUAU